AUGGGAGUGCACACGCCCACGCCCAUCCAGAUGCAGGCCAUCUCAGCCAUCCUCUCCCGCAGAGACACCCUCCUCUCCUCCCCCACCGGCUCUGGCAAGUCCCUCGCCUUCCUCCUGCCUCUGCUCGCCCUCGCCCUCCUCCCUCUCCCACACAUGACCAAUCCACAUCUCACACCCACGACCCUCGGCUCCUCUCCUGCUCCACAAGAUGUGCGGUGUGUGAAGCGGAGACGGAGGCGUGGUGGGAGGAGGAUGGGAGGCGUGGUGGCAGUGGUGCUGGUGCCGUCGAGAGAGCUAGCAGUGCAGCAUCACAAGAGCAUCAAGAACCUGUUAAGGGGGAGUGCAGCAGAGACUAGGUGUGCGGAAAAGGUUAACAUGCAGGACAUGAGUGCAUCGCUCAUGCACUCCCCCAUCACCAUCUCAUGCGCACACACGCCCAUGGACAACAAUGGGCUCACACUCACAUCCAGCCAUGUCAAGCAGGUUGUGAUCUGGGUGGAGGAGAAACACAAGAAGACAAAACUCUGCGACAUACUGUGCCACCCGCGGCACUUCCGCCCACCCGUCCUUGUCUUCGUCUCUUCCCGAGACGGAGCGGACCUUCUCUCCUCCACCAUCCACCAACUCACCGGCCUCGAAGCAGCUUCCGUGCACAGCGGCAAGCCCGCCCCGGACCGUCGUAACAUCAUCGCGCGAUUAAUCACGGGGGAGAUUCCUGUUGUGGUGUCUACGGUGGGAGUGCUUGGCAGGGGGGUUCACAUUCCCAAGGUGUCGCAGGUUGUUGUGUUUGAUAUGCCGGGGAGCAUGGAGGAUUAUGUUCAUCUGAUUGGCCGAGCAGGGAAUGUGGGAGCACCGGGCAUAGCCAUGGCCUUCGUUAAUAAAAUUUCACGGCCGUUGCUGCCAGAUCUUGUGGGGUUUCUGAAAUCCACGGCGAAUCCAAUUCCGCGUGAACUUGCAGUGUUAGCCCCAAGCACCUGCGCCGCCGGCGUCGCAAAAUUCGCGAAGUUUGCAAACCCCGCGAAAUCCGCGAAGUCCGCGGAGUCCAUUCGCAAGAAGAGUAACCACGUCAUCAUGGUGCCUAACCCCGCGUCAUUGGCAGUCGCAACCGCCGCCGCUCAUAUAAACCCAGACGCCAGCUUGUCAGAAACGGUAACGAAAACGGGUCUUAACUCCGUCUCCUCCUCCUCCUCCCCGCCCUUCUGGAGCAUCGACAAGCGCGCCAAGCAGUUCACGCUCGCCGUGGUGUGCCAUGAUCGGAAGGUCCUUCUGGGUCGCAAGCAGAGAGGGUUCGGCAAGGGUCUCUGGAUGUUCUUCGGCGGGAAAGUCGAGCCGGGCGAAGCAACGGAGCACGCCGCUGCACGCGAGCUGCAAGAGGAGGCGGGUCUAGUGGCGGAGGGGCUUGAGAAGCGCGCCGAGCUGCUGUUUCACCUGGACGGGCAGCCCAAGCCGUGGCAGGUGCACGUGUAUAUAGUGGAGAGAUUCACAGGGGAAGUGUGUGCCAGUGACGAGAUGAUUCCGCAGUGGUUUUCUGCCUCCGACAUUCCCUAUGGGGAGAUGUUUCCUGAUGACAUCAUAUGGGUGCCAUGCUUCCUCAAAGGUGAAAGCCUGAAAGCUGAGUUUGUGUCCAGCGCAGAUGGCAUGGUGAUGCGGCAACAUCAAUUAACAAUCCAGUCCUAG